AUGAAGCCACGUGACUCGGACACGGAAGCGCAACAGCUUGCCGCGCUCAAGCCAGGUGGGUUACUGCACUACGACUAUCGAACUGCGCCCGCAAAAAGGGCGAAGCUCCCAGAGGAAUUUCGCGUUGUGCAGUGGAAUAUUGAGCGAGGCGUCCAGUUUGACCGCAUCGUGGAAACACUCCGCGCUGUGCGUGCCGAUAUCCUCCUGCUCCAGGAGGUCGAUAUUAAUUGUCGUCGAUCCGGCUACCGGAACGUGGCCCGCGACCUCGCCGAGGCGCUGCAGAUGCAGCUGUACUUUGUCUGCGAAUUCGAAGAGCUUGACGCGGUGGAUCGGGCGCCGGAGCACGCCGUUAGCUCCCUCUCACCUCCCGCCGUCAACACUGCCGAAACCCAUCCUUCCUUUUCUGCUUUGUCGUCUCCGCCUGCAUUGCAGCAGCAGUGUCAUUUUCACGGCAAUGCCAUUCUCUCGGCGCGUGCAACACUCAGCGACCCGUUCGUGUUUCCGCACUCGGCCGGCAUUGACUGGGAGAAGGAGGGAUGGAAGUUGCACGAGCCGCGCCACGGCUUCCGCAGCGUUCUGCGUUGCCGUAUCGCCCCUGACCAGCGCACGAGCACAUUGCUGCCUGAUGUGUUCUUGUACUGCUGUCAUUUUGAAGUGUUCUGUGGGGCUCUCUCACGCGUGCGGCAGCUGCUUGAUGUGUUUCGUGACGCCAGCCGUUUGCUUCAGCCGGAGGAGAGGCAGAAGCUCCGUGACCCUCAUCACCACCACCACCAGCAGCAGCAGCAGCAGAAGCAGAAGCAGCAGCAGCAGCGGAACCAACCGGCCUUUAUUAUUGGCGGUGACUUGAAUACAAUGGCAGACGGCGUUGUGCGCCUGUCACGCCGCUUCGGGGGCGAUCGGCUGCGGAUUCUCGGUGUUGGUGAGAAGGAGGCGUGCUGGCUGCAGCGCAAGGUGCUCUCGCGUCGCAUGGACCACGUGACGCGUGGCUGCUGUCCGUUUUCGUACCGUUAUCCCCUGUACGCCGCGGGGAUCCUGCACGACCGUCUGUGGAACAGCGACUGCGCGCUCCGUCUGGUCUACGGCUUCUCGCGGGAAGAAGUUGCUGCGCUGGACAACCGCCGGCUCUGCUUCUACGACCCCGGCGACAAGGCGCUGUCGACCACGCUCGAUCAUCCCGACUAUCACGGCUUUGUUCGCGGGAAGCUCGACUGGCUGCUGCUGAGCAACUUGCGUGUUGCGCCACCGGAUCUCGCAGAGGAGGCUCUUGCGGCGUUGCUCGCUGGCGGCUCCAUCGCGGCGGAAACCGCGUCGUGUGUGCGGCAACUUCAACAGCCACAACAACAGCAGAACCACGGGCAGCGGCGGGCGCUGCCGCGGGAUGGAUAUGUGUUGUUUAAUGAAAAGUUUGACGCAUCAGACCACAGAGGAUUGCUGCUGCAUGUGCGGCAGCACGUUGGACUGCCACAGGAGGUGUACCCGGAGUACGGCGCUACCUACACCACCUCGUGGGUGAAUAUCGGGUUCUUUACACUCACGCGGACGUUACCGUGGGCUUUCGCCGCGUGGCUGUUGUACAAAAGACGGCAGCGGCAGGUGUAA